AAUUAUUUCUCUCACUGUCUCUUUUUCCCGCCUUAGCCCUUGCAUGCAGUGAAGUGUGUGACGGAAGGCACAAACUGUUUGAAGUGCGUGAGUAAUUACUUUUCCUGGAAAACAAUUUCAUGCUUUACCUGAGGCUGUAUCUGAGUGACAUAAAUUGCCACAAAUACAAAUAUGGGAAGAGGCAACCCAAAGAGUAAAAGUUCAAAGAGGCCUGAGGAUUCCCAGAAGGCUCAGAAGGAGGAAGACGAUCCAAUGAGAAGCGAGGAAGACGAAGAAGAAGAAGAGGAAGAAUAUCAGGUGGAGAAAGUCCUCAACAAGAGGGUGAAAGGAGGCCAGGUGGAGUACCUCCUCAAAUGGAAGGGAUACCCAGACGAGCAAAACACGUGGGAACCGGAGACAAAUCUGGACUGUCCUGAGCUCAUCCAGAUGUACAAUGACUCGGUGAAGCAACUCACGCAAAGUAAACGGAAACUCACAGUGAACGGAGGGGAUGGUGACUCGGCCAAGAAAAAGCCAAAGAAAGUUGUAGAGAUAUCAGCCAAAUCCAAUGAAAUCGGUGGUAGCACUAGGAUGGUCAGGAUGGCGACAGAUGUUAAUCGUGCACCAAAGAGUAUGCAGACUCCGACCGAGCCGGAGGGAUUUGAGAGAAAACUGGACCCGGAAAAGAUCCUUGGAGCCACAGAGAAAGACGGAGAUCUUAUUUUCUUAAUGAAAUGGAAAUCCAGCGAUCGAGCCGACCUAGUCCGAGCCAAGGAAGCCAACGUCAAAUGCCCUCAGGUUGUCAUCUCAUUCUACGAGGAGAGACUGACCUGGCACACGGAAAACAAAGAUGACGACGGAGGAACCUGUCAACUGGAACAAAAGCUUGAGCAAAAAUCUAGUCAACAGGAACCAAAUCGCGAGCAUAAAUCCGAAAAGUCAUUGUGAGUCCACCCCUCCCUCCCUCUUCCCUACCCCGCCCUGCCCCGUCAUUUCCCCAUGACACUUCAAAUGUUUUUGAAAAACACCUGUAUUCCAAAAAUUUUCUCUAGAGUUUGUUUUCGACCAAAAGAAAGAGAAAAAACAUCCAAGGGUAAUGAAAACUGGGCUCAUAGAUGCAUGUGCACAGAAGAUAUUUCUUCUUUACGGAAGUUUUUACCGUAUUAAGACGGUGUGUAUGAGGGUGAACAUUUUUCCAUCUACAGUUUGGAGUGAGGUUUGAAUGUUUGAUUCUGGAACAAAAAAAACAACGUUCAAGUCAAAAAGUUCAACUUAUCUUCAUGUUACUUCGUGUUAAUAAGCGAAGCGUUAAAAAGGGAAGUGCUUUCGUAAAAGAAAUUUUUUUAGUAGAUUACACUGUCCACUUCAGCCCUCUGUGGGUAAUUCUGAGAGACACGAAAUAUUGAAAACUAAGAAAUUGUCUGAAACUUCUGGUGUAGGUAAAACGAAAGAGCGAGUCGGUGAAUCGCAAAGGAAAGUAUUGAACAAUAAUGUCGGAAACAACCACAUGUAAAUCAUGGAAGAAUGUGUUUUUACGUCAUUUAUGUACUAUUUUUUUUUGAACUGUUUGUGUUAGCAUUUUUAAAACAAUAGACAUCACUGUAUGUUAUUCCUUUUUUUGUCUCCGUGCAUGUUCAUGUAGAUUUUGGUUUGUUUUUUUGUUUUUCAGUGUGAUUAAUUCAGAAUUCAUGUAGGUGUUUCUGAGUGAGACGAUCUCAUGAAGAUACCUGUCGGAA